GGCAAGUUCAUGCGCAAGUGCAUAAAUACAAGUGUAGCAGUCCGGGGUCCCUCUAUUCGCCGAUUGACCGUCCCGCUAACUACAUCGCCAUGAAAGUCGUUCUUCUUCUCGCCUUUGUGGCAGCCGCCAACGCGGCGUGGCUGUGCCCUAACGGUGACGUGGACUGUGACCCCGGCGAGUGCUGCAUCAGGUCCUUCAUCCUCAACACCUGCCAUGACAGGCCCGGCCUGUAUGAUAACUGUAACAACGACGCCCUGUCUGUGACCGGCUACUGCGACUGUGCUGACGGCUACGUCUGUGCUGACUACGGCACCAGCUCCUUCUCCGACUUCUUCAACGGCGACGGCUGGUGUGUCCACGACGUGGGCAGCGGGAACGGCGCUUAACUCAUCCCUCCGAGAAGAAAAUCUUUUAGCUCGAAGCAGCUGAGUACUGCUGAGGGCUAAAUAAAUUAACACGUCGAUCGUAUGUACGCA